CACAGGGGAAGCAUACGUUACGCACUCGUCCACCCUCCGCCCCCCGCAUACUGUUGCCACACGCGCACCACAUGCCCGCCCACUCGCUGCCCCAAUCGUAAUGGCCACGCUGGCUUCGCCCUCGCCCCCGUCUUCUCCCUCGACAACAAUGCGCCGUCGCAGCUGGGCCCGCAAGGUCGAGCGCUACUGCUGCGUCGCCGUCACCUACUUCCCGCUCGUCUUCGUCUAUGGCCUCACCUCGUGGGCCGUAUGGGUGCAGACUGGCAUCGGCCUAGUCCCCUCGCAGAAUGCCUGGACGGGAAAAACAUCCUCCGCCCUCGGCCUCUUCUUCUACCUCAUGCUCAACUGGAGCUACACCACCGCCGUCUUCACCGACCCCGGAUCCCCGCUCAACAUCAAAGAUGGCUACAGCCAUCUGCCCUCGCAGGAGGGCGGCGACAUGCACUACACGUCCUUUACCGUAAAAGCGUCGACCGGAGAACUGCGCUUCUGCAACAAGUGCCAGACCAAAAAACCCGAUCGCUCCCACCAUUGCUCCACGUGCAAGCGCUGCGUUCUGAAAAUGGACCACCACUGUCCCUGGCUCGCUACCUGCGUUGGUCUCCGUAACUACAAGGCUUUUGUCCUCUUCCUCGUAUACCUGAGCGUCUUUUGUUGGAUAUGUUUUGCCACGUCAGCUACUUGGGUUUGGAGCGAGAUACUCAGCGACGGCAAAUACACAGAGUCCUUUAUGCCCGUCAACUACGUCCUCCUCGCCGUGCUGUCCGGCAUCAUUGGCAUCGUCAUCACCGGAUUCACCGCCUGGCACUUGUGGCUCACAGUCAAGGGUCAGACAACCAUUGAAAGCUUGGAAAAGACACGCUACCUGUCCCCCCUGCGAUCCACGAUGAAGCAUCAGCUCAAUGACCGAAACUACCUUGAUGCGCAAGCAAACGGACGACUGAGCGUAGGCGAUCAGCUACGCGAGAUCCAUGCCAAUGCACUGCCAGGCGUCACAAGACCCGAGGAAGGCGAAACUCCUUCGCACUCUACUUCACGCUCCCCUGUUCCCGGUCAGACCAACGGCUUCUCCCACUCCUAUCAGCAAUCGUACGAAUACCGUGAACGUCAGCAGAACCAGGAUCGAUACGACAACUACCUCGACGAACGCGACAACGAGCAGCUCCCCAACGCAUUCGACUUGGGCUGGCGACGUAAUCUCGCCCACGUUUUCGGUCCUUCGCCCUUGAAAUGGCUCGUGCCCAUACCUAGUACCACGGGAGACGGCUGGUCUUGGGAGCCCAGUCCAAAGUGGCUUGCAGUCCGUGAGCGCAUAAAGCGAGAGAGGGAACAAGAAGAAAGAUUGCAAAAGCAGCGUGAGCGCGCUGCCGGUUGGGGGGUUGAUUCUCCCACUGAAGCCGAAUUCAGGCGCCCCACUCGCGGUCCUGACGGAUGGAUGCCCAGUCAGCGUAGUCAGCCCGUCGCACAACCCGCAAGACGUCCCGAGUGGCAGUCAGCAGUCCGCCAUGGCGAGCAAACCCGCUACCUCACCACUUCGAACGGUGUCGUAAGAGGUCCCAUUGACGGUCGGAGAAGUCCAAGCAAAGCCGACCAGAUCCUAGGAAGAGAUCGUGGCAUGUACGCCGAUGAUGACGUCCAGCUCCAGCCAAUCGAACGAAAGAAGUUUGACCCAUACAAUUACACCUCAGAGGAUGAAGAGGAUGAGUACGACGUUUCCAGUGAUGAACAAGCCGCAGAUCAGAGAAAACCCCAGCAAACAAAACCCGUGGUAGCACCUCCCCCAAAAGUAACAUCGAAUUGGAACGAUAUCCCUGAGGGUUUCUUGGAUCCUGCCCCUCAAAGAAAAAAGAGCGUUAGCCAACAAGGUCGCCCCUCCAAGAAGACGGGCGAUUGGGAUGACUGGGCCGCAUAG